ACGAGGGGGGAAACAAAAAAAUCUUCCCCAGGUGGGGAUGUGCAGCAGCAUGUCUUCUGUUCUGGCUUGGGUUUGCAGCACCAAAUCGAGGAACAGACGGCUGCUGGAGACGACGCCACCCACUCCUUUGCAGCAGCUUUGUACGUCGCACCAACCACCUGACCAGGGGACGGAGGGCUCCCAGCCACGCAUGGACCCAGGCGCCCGCAGCUCUGAGGCAGGAGCGAGCUGGGGAGACACCGGGGCAGGUGACAGUCAGGAGGAGAGCCCGGAGAGGGGGAGCACAUUGCCAAGCAGAGCAGGAGCCGCGUCCCCCGGGCAGGAGACGGAGCAGAAGCGUGGCGGCGGUGCCGGGGAAGCGCCGUCACAGACCAACACCUGCGAGGCGUGCGGGAAGAGCUUCAGCCUGCGCUCCAACCUGCUGACCCACCGCCGCAGCCACCUGGGCGAGCGGCCCUACGCCUGCCCCGAGUGCGGGCGCUGCUUCGGGCAGAGCUCCCACCUCCUCACCCACCAGCGGCUGCACACCGGGGAGCGGCCCUACCGCUGCCGUGACUGCGGCCGCAGUUUCAAUGUCAACUCGGACCUGGUGAAGCACCGGCGGACGCAUACAGGCGAGCGGCCCUACUCCUGCCCCGAGUGCGGGCGCCGCUUCGGCAGCAGCUCCAACCUCACCCGGCACCAGCGGCUGCACACAGGCGAGCGGCCCUACCGUUGCCCCGACUGUGGCGAGAGCUUCCGGGACUGCUCCUCGCUCACCAUCCACCGGCGCGCCCACACCGGCGAGCGGCCCUACCCCUGCCCGGCAUGCGGCAAGGCCUUUGCUGACAGCUCACUGCUGGCCAAGCACCAGCGCACGCACCGCGCCGAGAAGUCCUUCGCCUGCCCCGACUGCGGCAAGAGCUUCUCCACCAGCUCCUACCUGCUGCGGCACCGGCGCACCCACCUGCCUGAGAAGCCCUACCGCUGUGGGGAGUGCGGCCGGGGCUACAGCCAGUUCGCCCACCUCACCACCCACCAGCGGGUUCACACCGGCGAGCGACCCUACGUCUGCCCCGAGUGCCGCAAGAGCUUCACCACCAGCUCGGCACUCACCAAGCACAAGCGUGUCCACACCGGCGAGCGGCCCUAUGUCUGCCCCGACUGCGGCAAGAGCUUCACCCAGAGCUCCAACGUCAUCACCCACUGGCGCCUGCAGCACGGCACGUCCCUCUGACGGCCCCGGCCAUGCUGCCCCUUCCCCGGGGUCGGGGUCCCUUCCCUGAGGUUUCUCUCUGUGGCGCUCAGCAAUAAAAUCUGCCAUCCUGCA